AUGCCACAGAAUGACGGUAAGGUAAUCAUGGUAACAAAGGUGAGAAUUACUAUGUCUUGAGUGGUUUCAAUAUAAUUUUUUUUCUUCUUGCUUUCAGUCUAGCGAGUCCUCUAUUUCUGCCACCGCGACAUACGUCGAAAACUACUUGGAAUGUAAGUAAAAAAUGUUACCCUUUUAUGUUUUUAGUUAAAGAAUUUUUAUCCACUGGGAAAAAACAUAUUCCUUAUAUUCAUUAGAUUUACUUGCAACUACAGUUGUGUAACCUUCCUUCAACAGAUAUGUACAUCCUGUGUGAGUCGAAACUUGAAAAAGAGACUUCCGAAAUAUUUAUGGCCGUCAUUUAAUAUUCGUUCGUUCUCUGUUAAGCUAAUAACCGAAAGAUUAUGCGUUAAGGCGAAAGUAAACAGAGGCUUUGACCAAAAUAGCUUUCUCAAAUCAGCACGCAAUGUUCAAAAUGCUCUUUCAAGUAAUUACUUUUGCAUUUUAGGUAUAGUAGGGUUUAUUUCUGUUCCUCUGAAAAUUGAUGCCCGAUUUCCCAAUCUCACCACGGCCAUUAUAUCCACGAAAUUCGCAAGUCUCCUGCUUGUAAACCUGGCUCACGCCAACGUCAAGAUGCCUUAUUUCUUGCGAUGGAUUGACGAUUUUUUCGAGAGGUACUGAUCGAGUGAUCUCGAGAAAAUUCAAGCCUUGCCUUAAUCAUGCUUUCAGUGUCAUGUUACGGAAGGUAAUGUGACAUUUCAAGCUGUCACGCACUCAGUGAUAUACGUGAUCAGAUCUCGCGCCCAAAUAAAGUUGUCGACGGUUGCCAAAAACAUUAAAAUUUGAUGAAUUAUUAAAUAGUUGCAUGAUAUUUUAUAUCAUGUUUGUUUUCUGGGUGGGUCGUGAAAAGUAUGCACAAAUCUUACCUCACUUUGUGUCUAUUAUAUUUUUGUGAAAGCUGUUUUUUUUUUGUCAAAUUUCAUGAAAGACUGUCAGAUCAACUGUCAGCUCCAUAAAAAAAUUAUCACAUUGUUUCAUUGCAAAUUAAAUUCAGGGCUUUGCUUUAGCAGCAAGGUCCUCCUAACGGGAGGCUGGGGAGGGGGGUACAUAUGUCCCUAGUCUGAAUUUCAAACACUGCCAUAUCAUGUUUUGAAUAGUAGGCCUUGUCCUUGUUGGUGUUCAGCCCAUCUUGAUGCCGGUUGGUGCCAUUUCAUCUAGUUUUAUGUUGUUGUUACAAGGUCAUGUCAAUUGUCGUAAUUUUACCCUCAGCCACGCCUGGUUCCCUGGUGCCCUACUUUUGCUAUUGGGCAAUAACAGUACUCUUAGUUUUCUUCACAAAAAUCCUAUGUUGGGCACCCUGGGUGUGACAGUUUUAGGAACUGGGCUCUCUUCAAUUUUUCUUAGAACAUAGCCUUGAAAUUUCAUGUUUUUCAUUGUCCUGUUUCCUGAAAUACCUUGUAGUAAAAUAUAUAUUAAAAAUGUUUUCUUAAAUCAAAACUUGUGCCAUUGUUUUAAAUGUUAAAUGUUCUGCUAAAUGAAAACAGAUUUGUGAUAUAGAAACAAAUGAUUGCAAUAAUUUUGUCUUCCACAAUCCAAUCCAAUCUGGUUUAAACAGGUGUAGAAUCCCUUCCUGAUGAUGUGCAAAGGAACAUUUCUCAGAUGCGAGAGUUGGAUCUUCAUUACCAGGGUGAGAAGAAGUAUUUACCCUUUAAGUCCCAAUAUCCACAUGGAAAUUUUCCAAACUGAUCUCCAUACGUUUCCAUAAAGAAUAAGUUGAGAGAAUUUGUUCAAAGAUCAAAGCAUUUUCCCUUGGGUGAUCAUUUUAUUUAUUCUCAUAAACUUUUCUUUUAAUUAUGUAUGGAUAUUGUUAUGAGAAAAUUGAUGUUGGUCACUCUUAGGACUAAAGACCAGGCCCUGGUUGUUCAAGAGGUGGAUAGCGUUACUGUUGUAUCUGUUACAGGUCAAAAUUAAAAUCAGGUUACAAUUUUUUGACCUGUAGGUUGAUUCAAAAUUCCUUUGUCUCCUAGUCCUAAUUACACAUGCAUUAUUAUAUUAAUAUUUAAUUAUAUUAUGCUACAUGCAUAGAGACAAAGGAAAUUGAGAAUAUUAUCCUAGGUUAAAAAAUUUAGCCUGAAUGUAAUAUUUUGACCUGUAACAUAUUCACUGGAUAAAUAUUUAUCCAGUGAAUAGCGCAACUGGUUCCCCUGAUACUUAUCCAUUGAAGAGUGAUUUAUCCAGUGGAUUGCACCAUCUUUUGAACAACUAUUUUAUUUGUGUUUGAAACAGCCACAUAAGUGUCAGUGUGCAACAGUUGUAAGACUGAUCUUAGCAAUUUAUUUUCUUGAAAAGAAAGGGAGUUUGAGAUUUUUAAAGCAAAGCUGUUUGAAUCUACUUUUUUCUUACAGAGAGGUUAAUACUAUUUUUUUUUUUAAGUCGUUUAUUUGUCAAAGGGAAAAUUAAAUGUUAAAAUUGUUUUACUAGUGCAUGGUAUUAAGGUACAAUAAUAAAAAAGAUUUAAGAAAUUGAAUCAAGUUGGUUGCAUGUACAAAUAAUAAAAAGUCUGUGUCAGUGUGCAAUAGUAGUAAGCCUGAUCAUAGCAGUAAUGUUUAUAUCUCUAGAAAAAAAGGAGCUUGAGAUUUUUACAGCAAAACUGUUUAAAUGUACUUUUUUUCUCACAGAGAGGUUAAAAGAACUUGAAAGGCUGGUCAAUAAUUUCUUCAAAGAAAAGGACAGCACAGCCAGGCGAAAAUACUUGAUUCAGAUACAAAGAAAACUUGUUAAAAGCCAGGAAUAUGGAGAUGACAAGUUACAACUUGUUGGAAAUAUGAUUGAUCUGGUGAGAGCAGUAUGACGUUUAUGUGUAUGAAGUGGUUGCCUAAGUAAGAAUUCCAAGCAGCCCACAAAACACCUAUUAACCAUUUUUAUUCAUCCGGUAGGUUGAUAUUCGCACUCGGCAGAUUGAAAUGGAUGUGGAAAACCUUGACACGUGUAGGAAUGAGGAUCUUCCUCCACUCUUGAAACAGGAAGCCCAGCCAGGUACCAACUCAGCAUCCUCUUUAUGUACACUUUAUAUGCUAAGUACAGUUGUUGAUGCAUUAAAAUUUGUUUUUUUUUUUGCUUGUUACUUUGUUUAGUCAUUCUGGAAGAACACCAUGCAAAGCCCACAGAGAAAAAACGUAAGCUAAUGUAUUCUUUGAUAUUGACUCAAUUAUGUCAUGUGAUUCUUCACCUCAUUAUGCUAGUGGCCAUCCAAAACGGCUGCAGAUGAUGAUGCUUUUGUCUCAUUAAAAAAUCUUGUCCCUGUUAACCAAUCAAUAUUUAUUAAUAAUAAUCAUAAUAGCAAUAAAAUAUUAUAAAUAAUGAUGAUAAUAAUCAUUAAUAACAAAAACAAGAACAAGAAGAUAACAACCGCAACAAAUAGACGUAUUAGUGAACUUGAUUUACUCCACAGUUUUCUGGGGAAUAACUUUAUUUCUUGCCAUCUCCUGUCCUUGUUGCAGAAGCUUUUAUCAAUAUUGAUCAUAGUCUGAUAAUAUUCUGUUCUUCAGGAAACAGAAGACAGCGUAACCAUGACAAACAUGAACAUGAUUCUGAAGGGAGGGGUGGGUCAGGUGGUGCUGGUGGGUCAGAUGUCAUCAAACCUGUUAAAAAGAAAGCAAAGACCAGUAGAAAGUGAGUAUGAAAAGAUUAAGGUCAGGUGCCAGUUGUUGAAAAGGUGGAUAACACUAUCCACUGGAUAAAUCUCUAUCUAGGGGAUAAAGCUAUAGUUUGUCCAAAUACUUAUCUGCUGUAGGUUGUUCAAAAGUUGGAUAGCGCUAUCCACCGGAUAAAUCACUAUCCAGCGGAUAGCGUAAUUGGUUUCCCUAAUACUUAUACACUGGAUAGUGAUUUAUCCGAUGGAUGGUGCUAUCCAAUGUUUGAACAACCUGGGCCUGCUGAAUAGUGAGUUAUCCGGUGGAAAGAACUGUCCAACUUUUGAAAAACCAGGGCCGGGACUUUUAGGACAAAAUAAGGUAGUAAGCGUUUCUAGCACAUUCGUACCUCCAUGUGCAACUACCUCUCAUAAGUUUCAACCUCCCAUAAGUGACCAGUCAUCAAAAACAGCAAAAUUUUCCCAGUUUUUGUUUGUAGUCCAUGUGUCUAUAAAUGUAUUCUAAGUGAUAAUAUCGUAAUUUUUGUUCUUUGGAAUAUAUGAAAUAAUAAAAUUUUUUCCCAGUGAAAUUGCUGUAGUUGGAACCUCUUGCAAACAACCACCUCUUGUGAGUGACCCUGACCACUAUUUUGAGGAAACGCUUUUCAAAUUUUCCAUUUUUAAUAACCUAUUGUUAAGUGACCAUUUGACACAUGUUGUGAUCUUUAUAAUCACUGUAUGUACUAGACUACUCAUGGCAUACAAAUAACUUUUAAACAACAUGGAGCUUAACAUGCCAUAACUUAGAAACUAAAUGCAGUAAAUUCUUUUUUGAAAACUAUAUGAGUCAGGACCUUUUCUCGGAAAACACCCCCUAUGGAUUGAUUCUCAUAAGCGUCACCUCCUGUAAAGACGAUUCGCAACAACGAUUUUUAGUGCAACACAGCGUUGCAACAUUGUUGUGACAUUGUUUCGAGUAGUUACAACAUUGCAAUGAUGUGUUGCACUUAAAAUCGUCGUUGCGAAUCGUCCCGUGUAGCAUCCAUCACCUUAAGCGACCACCGUUUCUUUGUAGAGGUAAUGGCAGUGUUCUUUCUUCUCUGACUGCUACUGUAUUUUCUCUGUAAUUUAGGGGCAAGUCAAAGAACCAAGGAUCACCUACACCUGAGUUUCCAAUUGAUCCAAAUGAACCAACGUACUGUCUUUGUAAUCAGGUAUGCUGCUGUUAAUGUUAAAGUUAGCUCUGUAAGUCCCAAGAGUAAUCAACAUCAAUUUUCUCCCAACAACAUCAAUGCACAAUCAAGAGGAAAGGUUGUGAGAAUUAAUUGAUCGAUCACCAAUUAAAAAAAUUCUUUGAUCUAUCAAAUUCUCUCAACUGAUUCUUUAAGGAAAUGAACAUGGAGAUCAGUUUGGAGAAUUUGUAUGUCAAUAUUUGGGGUUAAAUGAGUUUGUUAAGUAUCAUGGAUGGAUUCUAAGAAAGGCUUUGCAUCAGGUGUUUUCAUCCUGUCAUGCAGAUUCUUUACAGACAAUAUUCCAAACACUGUACCCCACAGCCACAUCACAGUGGUUUUGAAGUAGUUUGUUUCUGCGAUGGGUAUCUCAUGAGUCAUUAAAGUGGGUUGAAAUAAUAAUAAUAAUAAUAAUAAUAAUAAUAAUAAUAAUAAUAAUAAUAAUAAUGUGUUUAUUCAUUCGAUAAAAUACAUAUAGAAUGUUACAUGAAAUUUUUAAAAGAUAAAUUAAGGUACUUACAAUAAGAAUUUCUCAUAGUGCUAAAUUGUAUCUGAAACUAAGCCAGUUAAAAAAAACUACUUGUAAAAUGUUCAGUGUUUAUCUUGGGUAACUGAAUAGUACUUCAUCCUAAUCUAAGGGAGGAAGCUUUGGCAUGGGGCAACAUAGGGUACAAUGGAUGAGAACUGUCACUGCUACUUUUCUUGAAGAGUUUCUUAUCACAUUUUUCCAAGAGCUUGCGGAUGUUAUAAGUUUUGAGGAGUAGCACCUCUUAAAGCAUCUUUUCGGGAAGCAUUGUACAGUAUUUGCACAUAAAUGAGUUUCUCACUCAUGUGUGAAAAAAAUUGGCUCACUCUGAAGUCACCUGAUAUGCAAAUGUAAUAUUGGCUGUAGUUGUUGUAACAGCACACUUGGGGCCAAUUUUCAGUAGCUAUAUUACAGAAGCUGAAACUUGGAGCAUCUAUUUUUAAGAAAAUGAGUUCAUUAAUAUGCAAAGCUCUCUGUGGAAGGUACAUAAACUGCAGCUGGAAUUUUUUUUAUGUUGGGGGAGGGGGUGGGGGUAUAUCGUUUCAACUUAAAAUAAAUAUUUUAUUUUAUUGCAUCACUUCUCUAUUUUCUUCACAAUAUAUCCACUUGUUCCCCACUAGUUCUCCAUAAUGUUUACUUUCAUUUUUCUUUUCAGGUUUCAUUUGGAGAAAUGAUUGGAUGUGACAAUGAAGAGGUAUGUACAAUUACACUGGCAAGCACUCCAUAUGUAUACAUGUGUCUUUCACUCAUUUCAAGAGUCAUUUCUGAAACUUGCAUUUCCGCCACAAAGAUAAUUUGCUAUGUAAUUAUUUGUUAUCAUAUCAAGACAAUUUCACUUUCUUUCUCUUAAUUUUAGUGACCAGAUGUUGGAAGCUUUUUUGACUCCAACCAUAAACUCUUCAACCAGUGUCACUUUUUUAGUAUUUAGAUGAUUAAGAUAAGGGUUAAGUGUUUUAAUAAAUGUAUCACACACUUUUUUUCUCCACAGUGCCCCAUCGAAUGGUUUCACUUUCAGUGUGUGGGACUCACUAACAAACCAAAAGGAAAAUGGUAAGUUGUCUGUUGUUAAAAAGGAAAUCUCAUAUUGUUUUUAGCCUGCACAUGCGAGCAAACUGUCCAUUUGAGGAAGUCUAAGCAGUCACGUGAGAGCUGCACAUGAAAGGAGACACACAUUCGCUCAAGGCUCGCUUUGCUCGCCAUAGUUGGAGAGCUUGCUCAUUGGCUUUAUUGAUUUAAAAAAUGUGCGAAAAAGUAGCAUCUUGCCUUUAUUUUUUAUUAUUUUCAAAGUUUAAAAUUUUGGCAGUUCCAGCCCCAUCAAUGCAAUCAUUUAUACCAAGCACUAUCUGGUCAGGGCUUAGUUGUGACGUCAUGGGAGUAUAUUAAUUUCACGCGAGCAACACAAACUGCUGUGGAACCAUGCCGAUGCCUGCGUUAUUUUCGAUUAUAACAAUACAGCCGAUCCUAAAAGAGGUAUCGGGCCCCUAAAAAUUCCAUUCUGGGGUGAUACGGGCGCUGAAUUUAACAAGAGAAGAAGGAUUUGGCUCACAUAAAACACUUUCCCCUUUUUAAUUUCUCGCUUCACAGCCUUAUGCUUAUGAGUGCGCGGGAAUGGUCUCCUUCAGUGACGUCACAACAUCGUCGUACCCAGCUCCAACAAAACAAUGUUCGGUAGUGGGAUAUAAGAGCCAAGCAGCCAUUGAAUAAAAUGAAAUGUAUGUGGGAUGUAAAGAAAAUACAUGUUACCGUUAGGGCUUCAAAGUUAAUAUAAAGUCAUUUUCUAUCCACUAGGUACUGUCCAAAAUGUACAAAUGAACGCAAGAGGGAACGAAAUGGCCUCAGAUAACAUUCUUUGCCUCAAAUGGAGAACUUUUAUAUUGAUCACAUCUUUCCAGAAAGAAGUUACCAACAUGUAUUAUGUAAUGUACAAUCUGUUCUGAAAUAGAAUAGGUUCUUUAUUUUUAAUAGUUAAUAACAUAUUCUUCCUAAAAGUUGAUAAUUUGUUGGCCAAAUACAGUCAAACCUCUUUAAUACGGACACCAAAGGGACAGAACCAAGUGUCCGCUUUACAGAGGUGUCCGUAUUAUAGAGGUAGGGAAUGUAUGAUUUUUGGCAUUUCUGGGACCAAAGGUACUGUCCGUAAUAGAGAGGUGUCCGUAUUAUAGAGGUGUCCGUAAGGAGAGGUUAGACUGUACUUCCUUGGUCUCAAAAAAUUAACAUCUCGUAAGUACAGUUGUGAAAAUGGGACAGCGAUUUGUCACGAAACAAACAAUUUCACUAUCAAAGCUCAAGAUCAUGAUACGUUUAAUGAGAGUAAAUUGUCAACUUGCUUGUCAAUUUUUAUCCCUUUCGGCAUUAAUGUAAAUGUAAUCUUUGUUUGUGUGGUAUUUUCUUUAAUGUUGCUGAAGUAUUUUUCUUGUAUUGGUCAGUUCGUAAAGUCAAGUCCUGUUCAAACUUGAUGCCUAAGCACUAGAUCUUGCAAAUCAGAAAAACAUUGUGUUGUGUUCAGACUAUAGGUAAUGAUACUGUACAGUACACAUUUGCUCCAUUUUGCUGUGCCAGAUGGCAUUUCGAAAUGCGAGAACUGUGAAUAAGGUUUCUCGGAACCGAUGGUAAACUCGUAACACUAGCAAUCGCUGCUUUGUGCCUGAAUACAACGUCUUUACCGUGUAACCUAGUACAGAUCAGCACCCACGUCUGGUCUGAGUGCUUGAACAGAGUCUGUUCACAUUAGUCUCAGCCAGGAUCGUUCGCUAGCAGCGUGCUCAGGCACCAAGCGUGAACUUGAACUAGAUUCAGGUAAAUUAAAGAUUUUAUUUUAGCCUUCGUAGUUAUCUCCUCAGUAGUAUUUAUUGUACAUUAUAGUUUCAACCUACCCUGAAAGGAGACAAUUUUAUGGUAGAAUAAAACAAUCAAUGUAGUCGGAUUGUUGACUCCUCAUUUGAAUUAUCUACAGGCAAGGCGGAACAGGCUCUGCAGAUUAAAUGGUUUCUUUUGACAAAAUUUUUACGUUCCCUUACAGUUUAUAUGAAUAUUAUUAACUUUUUUGAAACAGCUCUGUUCUGUUAGGCCAUAGAUUAAGACCCGCGAUCAGAAGUUUUCAACGCGUCAGAGCGUUAUCUAGUGAUGCGUUCGUUUUCGUAUUUGUUUCUUUAGAAUUUCGUAUUUUUGAUUAUAUUUUUUGAGGUUAAAGAUAUUUUAGUUAAGUAGUGAGAUAUAUAUAAAAAUCCCAGUGUUUUUUUCUCUUGCAUCUUAUAAUUGUUUUAAAGUUGGAAAGAUUCGUUAAAAACAGCUUCUGAAAUUGCAAAUCUCUUGUUUUGUUGUGGUUUUGCCUGACUUACUUAAUUGGGUCUAAUUACCUCAGUUUUUAGGUAUUGUUGAAUAAAAAAGUCAAAAAUUAGAGUCAAUUGACUGUAAUUAAGAGUUUUUCAUAAUGUGUGCACAAAAUUUCUUUUCGGUAGAAUUAGCCGUUGAUGUCCCACCAAACUAAAUGAUGUAAAGACAUUCAAUAAAUGAAGUUUCUCUCCCAAUCAAGUUCAAUAACGUUUUUUUUUCUUUGUUUAUAACUUUAUUUAAGGAAGCAUAGUUUGUUUUUAGCUCUUUUAUCAGUCAAUUGGAACAACAUAUGUCGAUCAGUUAACAAUUCCAUCGUAAGUUCAACUAGUUUUGUUGAGAUCUUUUUUGAUAGAAACAAGGUGCGUCGAAGGAGACACCUUAACAUUUCUCUGUCAUAAUGACCUAGCGUUUUAAUUAUCCUAAUUUAGAAGGACCAAGAAACAUUAUUCUUAUGGUCUUAGCAUUAAAAGAAGGUGUGAAGCCCUUAGCACUUACAUCAUUUAACAACUUUGAUGACGAGCUGUCUGAAAAUGUCUUUUGUUAACCUAAUUUGUCUGUAUUUCUUGCGUGUAUGUAACUAACUGGCAGAUUUUUUAAGACAGAAUUAGCGCGCUUUUUCAUUUAAGCAGCUCAAGAUAUUUGUGUGAAAAUCAAGUGGUAAGUUCAACUGAUUUUUCGAGGAGAUAAAAGUCAGUUUACUCGGCUAAUUCAUAUUUCUUUAUUUUUUGGUCUUUAAAAAUCUGCAAGUGCGGUAAAAUUGCAUGUAGAGAGGUUUCUUGAAUAAAUGAUUGCCUGUUUCUAGAUAAGCGAGUAAUUAGAAAGCCAUUGCAAACUAGAACGUUCUUCGCUAAAAUACGAACUAAGUUAUCCAGGUAAAACGGAAAUCUGUUCAUCAGAUCUUUUUUAUUUAGUACUAUCUAAGGUCAUGUGAGUGCAAAAAUGCGCGGUGAGCCUUCUUUGUUGAUGAAAACAAUCUCUGCUUAGUAAAUUCCACUUUUUCUGUAUGAGUUAAACCUUGAAACGCUGCAAGAACGUUAAACAGGAUUGUGCCGCUGUUGUUCCAUGUUUUAGGGAUCCAUUCUAUUAUCGCCUCAUAAAAGGAAAUCCAGGACAGUUUUGGAUUCUCGAUUCUACGCCGUUGAUUGUGGAUUUUAGGUGCUAGAUGGGACUUGGACUCCAGAUUCCUUGAGCUCAAUUCCGUAUUCCAAAGCCCAGGGUUCCAGAUUCCAUAAGCACAAAUUUCCGGGUUUCCGGAAUCCGAAUAUAGGGCGGCGAACCCAACGUUAGGUGAUGUUUUAAUGUACCACCAGGGUAAUGAAUGAGUGGCUGAUUCUUUCAUUGUUCCUCUGGAGCCUGCAUUGGGUAUGCGCAGUUCCUGCUUCAAGGUAUUCGGGUAAGUGAAAAAAAUAUAUUCGUUGUCGUUAUUAUUAUGUAAAGAUUGUGAGUAUUAAAAAUAUCUCAGAAUCUUUUUAAAUACAUAAAACGUGCUAGCUAUAUAGGGUCUGGAAAAUGGUGUCCUAAUCCCACAUUUCCCGCUCCUUUUACACGAGAACGCGUCUCGAACUUACAUCAGUGAUGACUCAAUAUCGUUCUUCCCAAUCCCGUAUCCUGUGCAAUUCUGCUUCCUGGGUAGCAGUCAAAUCCCGUAUCCCGUUAACGUUUCCCGAACCCCGCACUGUAUUUUGGUUAAAUCCCGUUAACGUUUCCCGAAUCCCGCACUGUAUUUUGGUUAAAUCCCGUUAACGUUUCUUGAAUCCCGCACUGUUUUGUGGUCAAAUCCCCGAUCCAGAAAAUACCUUCCAAAUCCGGGCAUUUGCUCAUUUGACGUAUUUUUUUAUUGGCGUUUUUCUUGCUGUUUCCGUAGUCGUUGUGUGUACUCGCCGUAGUUUGAAAAACGCUGCCGUCGUAGCUGCUCUUCCCCUGAAAAACAUACCCAUAUGCUUAUAGCUUUAUAUACCAAUAAAUGAUUAAAAAAAUGUAAUGGUGUCUUUAGAAUGUCAUGAAGCACUUGGCGUGGAAAAUGGCCAAAUUCCUGACAGAAAAAUAAGUGCUUCGUCUCAGUGGGAUGCCAAUCACGCUUCAGAGCAGGGGAGGCUACAUUUUCAGGCAUCAGGAAGCAAAGUCGGAGCUUGGUGCGCCGGUCGAAAUGAUAAUAAUCAAUGGCUCCAGGUGGAUUUAGGCUCUCAGUUUACUCGAAUCACAGGUGUGUCAUCACAAGGAAGAAAUGGGGCACAUCGACAAUGGGUCACGAAAUAUAAACUGUUGUACAGUAAUGAUGGAAUAAACUUUACGUUUUACAGAGAGAAAGGGCAAAUGACAGAAAAGGUGAAAUACACAAUUCAUUGUCUUUUAUCAUGCCUCAAUCAUAUUUCGUAACUCUUAUGCCCAUAUUGGAAAGAAUAAUUGAACUGAGUGGAGCUCAUGGCUCGAGUUCGAUUUGAAGCCACAAAUCUGACUUCAGACCAAUCUUGCACGACACAAAGUUCUAUCCAUUAGAACUGUAUUACAUCCAUUUUGAAAUCGCACAAUUUGAGCGCCCAGCCUAUAGGAAUUUAGUCAGUAUGUACAUUUUAUUGAUCUUGGAGGCGGAUUUAAAAAAAAGUGGAACCGGAAAUGUUUUUACAUAUCCUGAUUUUUGUCCGUGUGCUAAAAAAAAUAAUGCGAUUUAGAGCAACAAGACGUUAUUUAGCACUGAAAUGAUGCUAUUUAAGACAGAUACGCGUCAGAGCUGAUUUUUUGGGGGCGACCAGAGGAGUCCGCAGUCCUAAUCUCCAAGUUGUUAUUACGCAUGUGCCGCACGUAUGUAAGCAGCAUUUGUUUGUGCUGCUACGUAGAAUGAAUGCACAGAACGCAAUCUGAUCAUGUUGGAGGGCGUUAUACCUUCUAUUACUCAUAAAUUGACCACGAGCGUUUUGACCAUUAGCGUUAGAGUAAAAUCAUUUUGACCUUCGAUCGAUCUCGCCCGCACCCCCUGAAUUUUUAGUCGAAUUUGGUUUGGUUUUGCAUUCUUGCCCGUUCGUAAUGUUCUCAACCAGACACUUCAACCAGUCCAUACAUGUUUUCCCGCGCAAUUUUCCCGCCAUUUUGACGCGGCUACACAUGUUUGUUUUUUUUUUAAUCUGAUUUCUUCAUGUCUUUCUUCAUUUGAAUAUCGUCGCUCGUCAUGAUAGGCAGGAGAAACACGGAGUGCCCUUUCGUUUUUCGACAUUUAAUCUGUUGUUUCACUUAUUUUUAGCUUUUUCCUGGUAACAUAGAUGAGGACACUGUUGUGUAUCAUGGGCUUAAUCCACCAAUUAAGACGCGUUACAUUCGGUUUCAACCAGUGACUUGGAAUAAGCACAUAAGUAUGAGGAUUGAGAUAUAUGGUUGUCGAGGUAUCAACUAAAAGUUUUGUACAUUAAUAUUACAAGUCUUAGUUUUUAAAGAGUACCAAUAUUCAAACUUAAUGUGCUUUGAAAAAAAACCUGAAAGUUCAUUGGCCUUUGCAAGGGAGUGUAUUUAUGGCUUAUAACGCAAGUACUUCUUUCAUAAUUCCACAUUUUAAUCAAGAAUAUUGCAGUGCAUUUUAAAAACAACGUAUUGUUUUUCUUUUGAGUGAGAUUUUAUUUUGUAACGUUGCCAUUUCAACAAAGAAAUACGCUUAAUUUGUAGUUGCUGGUUUUUUUUCAAGUUCCGAGUUUACAGAGAGCUCUCUUUAUAUAUAAAAAAAGUUAGUCUUCUAGUUCGUGAUUUAUUGUCAAGAGAAAUGCUCUCACUGUACUAGCUUCAUAUCGAGCAUGGAAUUCUUAAUAAUGCAUUGGGCAAUUCUACAACUAGCGCCUCAGAGAUCACUCAGAUUUCAGAUUUUUAUUUUUUGCACUUUUUUAAGAAGUUACUAAAAAACUUACCAUACAUUACAAGAGAGAAAGAAAAAACAACAACAAAUCACAUAAAUCAUCAAAGGUGAAAUGUGCGCAGUGACUGCCUCGUGCAACUAACUGGAGUAGACAUUUACAUAAAACUACAAGUAACAUAUAGCGAAGAAGGGAAAAUUAAAAGUGCAUACUUACCUAUCAGAAACGACAAUAUGAACUUGGUUUAAAAUAGAACCGUUGCAAUAGAAAAUCGUCAUUCAUUUUUAUUCUUUCGUAGUCGGUUUCCAGUGGAAUUUCGAGUCAUCCAGUGGUACAAAUUUCCUGGAUGAGUCAAAUAACACCCAGACGUACGCUAUAGGGAGUGGUUUGUACGUAGGAGCUGAUACUCUUCAUGUAACGGAGUCUGGUCAUCUUAAAAUCGAGAAGAGGGAAACGGACUUUGAUAACAGUGGAGACGAACUAGGCGUCUCUUUCUGGAUUAAGCAUAAAGGUAACCUUACUAUCUUCAGAUUCCUUUUAAAGAGUUAAAAUACAUUAAGCAAAUCGGAAAUGAACCGUAAAAGAAUCACCAUUAGACGUCAGACAUCGGAAAGUGGGUUGAUAAACAAGGUAUAACCAAGCUUUUUAACAGACAAGGGUGUCUGAAUAUUGCGUUACAUUCCUACUCCUGUGUGAUUGUAUCUCUGUGUUUAGAUACCGAACGGAACACUCUUUCUUGUCCUACACUUUUUAGUGUUUAAGUGUCAUAUGAAACACUCCUCCUGUUUUGGUAUCAUUUCUCGGUGUUCGUAUACCGGAUACUCCCUCUAGUGUUUGUUGUAACACCUCUGUGUUUUAAUAUCAGAUGAAACACUCUUUCUCGUGUUUGAUAUAUUACUACUCGGUGUUUUGAUAUUGUACGAAAAACUCCUGCUCAUGUUUGAUACAUGUUAUUUCGCUUAAACACUGCUUUUUCUUGUUUGAUAUGACUUCUUAACUGAUCCCAAAGGCGUAUACGAAUGAUUGGUGUAAAUAUGGCAAUCACGGCCACCUUUUUUCGAGUUUACUAAGUAACUUAACCGCCACCUUGGUAACUCUGCUGAUAAUGAUCACUGUGCAGGGGAGAUUCUGAUGCAUUUCGAAAUUUGUCAUGUGGUAUUUCGUUUAUACCUCAGGUCAUGUAACUGUCGCAGUAAAAUCUGAUGGAGGGACAGGCGACAGUACGUCUUACAUCACAGUGAAUGGCAUAGACUUCAGUCCUCACAGUGCUGGAAUCAACUUUGUGGUUAUCGAUUACGAUACAGGUAAGACCACAGAGCUCGACGAAAUUAUUCAACAACAUAAAGUAGAAAAUCUUGAUACUGUUCAGUCUGCCCGUAAUUGACAGAGGUUAAUCUAGGGGGUAUAGUCUUACAUUACCUUUCAUUAUACAUGUUGCUGUAUCUUGUAAGAGCUAUUGUAAAUGCGAUAUUUAUGGCUUUUAAGGCUGGGAGAAUUAAUGUAAGGAGGGCUUAUGAAUCAUCUCUCCUCAGGAGACGUUAAGUUUACCAGAGCCUUUGAAGUGAGUGACUCAGUGCGGCAAGUCGAGGAGUUUACCAGUAUAAUACUCGAACGCUCCGUUGUAUUAAUAACGAUGAACACUUCAGCGGUACGAGCCUCUUCUCUUGUGAAUAUUACAUCACAGCUUGUACGUGAUCUCGGAGGAAACGUAGAAAUAGACUCGCGAUGGUAUUGUUUGAUUGGUUUUUACGGGCUGGGAACGUUUCCAUGGAUACGCGAGCAGCAAAGUCCGAACGAAGACUCUUGUGACAUUUCCAGCGUCAUCAGGUUGCCAGGUAAGUUUUAGUGUUUUGAGACCCUGAGUACAAAAGAACAUGCACGUAUGCGUUUUAUGGGUUGUUCUGUCGCACUUUGUUAUACCCAUCGCACUUUGUAAUACCUGUCGCACUUUGUUAUAACAGACCAUCGCACUUUGUUAUAAAAUAAGCUGUCGCACCUUGUAAUAAACUUUAACUGGAUGGUCGAAGGCCAAGAACAUUCAUACCGGGUCCACAUAGCCUCGACGUAAAGUGAAAUAUUCAAUUAAUAUUUCCGGCAAGUAAGUGUUUCAAAAUUGAAAAUACAAUGAUAGACAGAGUAAUAAACAAGUCUUCUUCUCGUUGGAAUUUGUGAAUAUAUUUACUUCAGUUGGGUAGCAAACUCGAAACUGGACUAUUCAUUUUCUCAAGGAAGGUUCUGCCCUUAGCCUUAGAGUUUUGAAAAGUGAGACUUUUUAGGCACUCGGAAAUGUUCUUUUUUAGCCUGUUUACAUCCGCCCUCUCCCCUCAGAAAAAAUCGGAUUUUUUUUCUGAGGGGAGAGGGUUGCUGUAUACAGGCUAAGUUAUUUUGUGUGUUUUACUUCCCGACGCAAAACCACGAGUUAUACAUAAAAAUAACUAACCCUUCUAUUGUCAAAUUAAGUAUGUUCCACACCACUGGGGAUGCAAAGCGGAGAAAUUGCUGAUUCCCAGCUAUCUGCCAGCAAUUAUUCAGUAAAAUUUGAACCUUGGCAUGGACGCCUAAACCGGUGGACUGGAGCCUGGUGCACGACGGAAGAAACACUUAAUCAGUUCUUGCAAAUCGAUUUAAGAGACAUUAAAACGGUGACACACGUAGCCACUCAAGGGUAUUUUGAAGGGGCAUGGGUGACGUCAUAUUCUUUGGAGUACAGCGCUGAUGGUGAGCAAUGGUUGGAAUACAAAGAGGCAGGAGGACAUAAAAGAGUACGAACAACAAUAUUGUUCUUUUUUUAUUAUUAUGUUUCACGGAAUGAACUNUGGUAUUGUUUGAUUGGUUUUUACGGGCUGGGAACGUUUCCAUGGAUACGCGAGCAGCAAAGUCCGAACGAAGACUCUUGUGACAUUUCCAGCGUCAUCAGGUUGCCAGGUAAGUUUUAGUGUUUUGAGACCCUGAGUACAAAAGAACAUGCACGUAUGCGUUUUAUGGGUUGUUCUGUCGCACUUUGUUAUACCCAUCGCACUUUGUAAUACCUGUCGCACUUUGUUAUAACAGACCAUCGCACUUUGUUAUAAAAUAAGCUGUCGCACCUUGUAAUAAACGUUAACUGGAUGGUCGAAGGCCAAGAACAUUCAUACCGGGUCCACAUAGCCUCGACGUAAAGUGAAAUAUUCAAUUAAUAUUUCCGGCAAGUAAGUGUUUCAAAAUUGAAAAUACAAUGAUAGACAGAGUAAUAAACAAGUCUUCUUCUCGUUGGAAUUUGUGAAUAUAUUUACUUCAGUUGGGUAGCAAACUCGAAACUGGACUAUUCAUUUUCUCAAGGAAGGUUCUGCCCUUAGCCUUAGAGUUUUGAAAAGUGAGACUUUUUAGGCACUCGGAAAUGUUCUUUUUUAGCCUGUUUACAUCCGCCCUCUCCCCUCAGAAAAAAUCGGAUUUUUUUUCUGAGGGGAGAGGGUUGCUGUAUACAGGCUAAGUUAUUUUGUGUGUUUUACUUCCCGACGCAAAACCACGAGUUAUACAUAAAAAUAACUAACCCUUCUAUUGUCAAAUUAAGUAUGUUCCACACCACUGGGGAUGCAAAGCGGAGAAAUUGCUGAUUCCCAGCUAUCUGCCAGCAAUUAUUCAGUAAAAUUUGAACCUUGGCAUGGACGCCUAAACCGGUGGACUGGAGCCUGGUGCACGACGGAAGAAACACUUAAUCAGUUCUUGCAAAUCGAUUUAAGAGACAUUAAAACGGUGACACACGUAGCCACUCAAGGGUAUUUUGAAGGGGCAUGGGUGACGUCAUAUUCUUUGGAGUACAGCGCUGAUGGUGAGCAAUGGUUGGAAUACAAAGAGGCAGGAGGACAUAAAAGAGUACGAACAACAAUAUUGUUCUUUUUUUAUUAUUAUGUUUCACGGAAUGAACUUUAAUUACGGCAAUUUUUCUGACUUUUUUUGGUAUUCACAUACACCUUCUUCCAAAAAAUGGCGGUAAAUUUUGUUAUUCUUUUGUUUUUAGGAUAACUGGCUCUCCACCCCUCGUUUCAUAAUUAAUGCUUUUUUUAAAUUCUGUAGGCGCAAUCGAUAUAAUAGUGGCCAACAAAAAUAUAAAAGAAAAGUAAUAUUGUCCCCAUUUUAUAAUUAGAUGUAUUUAUUUUCAAGAGAUUGUUCCCACUUUUGUCACGUGAUCAAAAGGCGUGAUCACGUGACUCAAUACCGUGUCCGCUGUAAUAAUGACGAUCUCAUUUGAUUAAAAGUAAAAUAAAAGUAAAAGUACCCCCAGUCCAUCAAUAUUCUUCCUUGAUCUUCCCUAUAUCAGUCGCUUUGAGAAUAAUAGUAGUAUAGCGAGCAACGAAUUAGCCUAGUCGGGAUAACGGUUUUGUUGUCGCAAAGGCAAACUUGAGCUUGGUAUCUAAUCUUGCCAGGCCUGUUCGAGCUAGAAUUUUUAUAUUGAUAUCCUUCUUAUAUUCCGACCCGAAGACGGCCUUUUUACAUCUUUCACAUUGUUUAUAACGCCUUGAACUGUAUGGCUAAAUUAUAUAUUUUGGGUUUAUUCCAUUUUUCCUUCAAGUUUUAAAUAUUGACUUACAAUGUUGAGCAUCCAGUUCCAGUUUAAUCGUCCAAUUGGCAGCCUUGUCACCACGUAGUUGCAUACGCGUUCAACCAAUGCAAGUUGAAGAAAACUCAUCUUCUUCGACAUUUACUUUUUUCCAGAUAUUUGCAGGUAAUAGCGAUUCCACCUCUGUAAUUCGACAACGUCUGCUCCAUCCCAUACAAACUCGCUUCUUGCGUCUCACAAUUUUGACAGCUCAUCGUUUAUCAAACAAUAACGCUUGUUUAAAAAUGGAGAUCUAUGGGUGCAGCAAAGGUAAAAGCCAUAUUGAUUUUAUUUUCCUUCUGGUAGCCUGUGUACAGACGUCCCCUCUCCUUCAGAAAAAAUAGAUUUUUUUCUGAGGAAGGGGGGGCGUCUAUACACAGGAUACCUUGUGGGGAUGUCUUUACAUUGUUUAACACUACGAACUACUAAAGAUUGCCAGAAAUUGAAUAACUAAAGAUCAUGCCUUCAAUGCUUGUCAUUAAUAAAACUGCUAAGCUACCCUUAGCCAAAAUAUUUAAAAUUGAAGGAUAAGGUAGCCUUCCGUGUAGACGAUCUUAGGGCUUGCUAGUCUAUACAGACUAUACACCUCAUGUUUUCAACUUGGUAAAAAAAACGCUUACAAAGGAUUAUGAAACAGAAAAAAAAUUGAAAUAUUUUCUGGGAGGACUUCACUUUUCUGGGAGAACUGCACAAAACAGCCGUAAAAUGGGUUUUGCUCGACGAAUUUGUCGAGAAUUCAAGACCUCGUCAAUCGGAGGGUCUGAAGCGAUUGUGAAAACGCACACGCCCCACGUUUGUCGAGGUUCGUCACUUAAUUUUGGCGGCGGUGCGUUUUAUUUAAACAACCCUUGUGAAAAAGAAACUGACUGAAAAUAAGAACCUGAUAAUGUCUUCUUACAGAACCUAAACAAGUAGACGAAGGAGCUCCUAGAUUUGGAUUAAUUGGCCCUACAGAAAUGAUCACUUGGCCUGGAGCAAAUGUCUCAAUACGCGGUGAGAAAAUGAUUUUCGUCCCUAAGAGCAAGUUCUAUUUCGUCAAGUAAAUGGAAAACCUUACCCUGGGUACCAGAGGUUUUUUCUCACGUGCGACGGGGAGCUUCGUUUUGUCGGCCGCAGGCCGACACGUGUUCGGCUGAAGGCCGAAGACACGAGCGGCAAAGCCGUUAAGACUUGACCGAAACCGGAAACCGCGCAUGAAAAGCCUCUGGCACCCAGGGUAGGAAAACCUUAACACGGAAGCGAAAGGGUGUGCAUCACGGCAUUAUUAAAAUUGUUACAUUUUUUUAAAAUGUCUUACAAUGAAACUUGUUUACAUAAAUAUGAUUUCCAGUUAUUCCCAAACUUUUCUUACCAUGGUUUUGGAACAAAACGCCUUCCCACAGAACUGGGAAAAUUUUUUACGAAACCGAGUCCAUCUCUUCUUAACAUUAAACAUGGGAACUGCUUCUUUUUUACUGUUUUUUAAACCCUAACAUCAAAAUUCUAAUUCUCAUUUGUUAUCCCUAUACGUUUUCAAUAGAAGUAGUGAGGAGAAUUUGUUGAAGUAUCCAUUAGAUUCAUCCAGUGUGACCAUGUCCUUAAUUCACAUGACCACUCUGUUUUAUAAAGCAUUGGUAUUGAAAGGAGAAAUUCGUUGCUCAUCAGUCUUAGGGCUUAACGGGUUAACUCUGACCUCACAGCAUUUCUGGAAGUCGAAUAUAACGUGGAAUACAUUUGAUAGAUGAUUCUAAUCAUUUGCAAUACUUUUGAAAUUUUAGGUUUUUACCAAUAUUGUGAAAGUGCUUCAAAUGUGCUGUUACGCCAGCCUUACGUGACCGUCUUUGGAGAGUGUAGAUGCUUAGCACCUUCGGUCACACCAAACUGCCAGAGCGUCACUUAUUAUGAAACUUACUUUGUUGCUUCUUUGAAUCCAGGAACUUACUCAAUCAUGGUAGGUUGCUAACAAAACGCACUACUCCUUUCACAUUUUAUUCUUGGUGAACUUCAGUUUUAUUUUUGGAGAUAGCGUUUCUUCUUAUCCCGUAGCUUAUGGUUAUAUUUGUCUCAUUUUUCACCGAAUUCGCGUUCCAAAUAUCUGGUGCAAAACGUUCUCGUUUGGAGUUCUAUAGACUGAACUAUAAUAACUCUCAAAAUAUUAAUCUAGCAAUUGCGUCCAUUAUUGUACUCGGAGUAUUUUUAUCCUGUUAUACCAGGACUAUGCCAAACGCCCAAGCGCAGAGGAGCUAGGAGGAACGGCUGUAUUCGCAGGCUAUUUUACUAUAUUCGCGUUCAACGAAGCAGAACGCAUUCUAAUCUUGCACGCACAAGAAUUCGUGAAUUUGUGUGAAAUGCCUUAGUAAUGAUAAUGAUAACUUUAUUAGCAUCUCAAAUAUUUAGCAUUUUUAAGGGACAUUUCAAUAAAAUUUUUUUCAGCCCUUGGGGCCUCAGUUUGGUCUAAAACUAAGGGAGGGGCCCUCCCCUGGAUCAGCCAUUGUGUACACAUAGCCUAAAACGCGCUAACUGCGCAUGCCUGUUAUCUAUUACUGAAGAGGUCUAUUUUAUUAUAACCCGGUGUAUUUCAGAUGGGAGACAAAAACGAUAAAAGCGGUUGUAGUGCCACAAGAAUGAAGAACGCUAUCAACUUGGGAACUAUUCAAGUGAGACCACAAGGUGAGUGUCAUGAUACUCAUAAAUGUUCUUGAAUUUUAUGUCGGACUGUGAAUGAAGCAAGUGGCGCUUGAGGAAUCUUUGAAGAAGAAAUAGGUAGUAAGGUCAACGAAGAGUGGAGGGGAGGUGGGCAAAAUGAUAUUAUGAAGCUUUCUAUUAUCUGCAGUUUGUAGCUUGGUUAGCAAGCGCUUUCACUCCAAAUUUUCUCGCAGUAACUCUAUUGGAAAGCCUUGCUACGCAGGCUACACAGACACUAGAUCGAAUACAAGUUGAAGUUCAAAAAAACCUAGGUUCGCAAGCCUUACAUUAUCAUUUGUUACAUCAAUCUAAUCUGUCAAUUCUCUAUUAAAUACUGGUCAGUAACAGGAUGAAAAAGACCUUUGGGAUAAAACUGGCUGGAAAUUUGAACGUCACAUUUGCAGUCCGCGACAUCGUACUCGUACUCGGAUCUACAUCUUGUGUUAUCAUCGUUGUCGUUAUCAGCAUCAUGGUCAUCAUCAUUAUUACUAUCACUAACAUACCCACCACCACGACACCACCUUUAUUAACACGUCAUAGAUGACCGUCAAUGNAAAAAAACCUAAGUUCGCAAGCCUUACAUUAUCAUUUGUUACAUCAAUCUAAUCUGUCAAUUCUCUAUUAAAUACUGGUCAGUAACAGGAUGAAAAAGACCUUUGGGAUAAAACUGGCUGGAAAUUUGAACGUCACAUUUGCAGUCCGCGACAUCGUACUCGUACUCGGAUCUACAUCUUGUGUUAUCAUCGUUGUCGUUAUCAGCAUCAUGGUCAUCAUCAUUAUUACUAUCACUAACAUACCCACCACCACGACACCACCUUUAUUAACACGUCAUAGAUGACCGUCAAUGCCUGUAUAUUCACAUAGUUAACAAUACCUUUGACUGUCAGUUUUUGUAUCUGUUUUGAAAAGGAGCAUACCCUAGACAUUGUAUAGAAGCGCAAAACUGGCAAGGAUCACAGAGUCGUUCAGGAAUUUUUACAUUGAGCCUCGAUCCUAGUGGUAACGACACAUUUGACGUUUACUGCGACGGAGAAUGGACAGUUGUUCAACGGCGCAAAGAUGGUUCUGAAAUCUUCGAUCGUGGAUUUGAGGAUUAUAAGAAUGGUUUUGGAGACCUUGCAGGAGAAUUCUGGCUGGGUCUUCGAAAGCUUCAUCUUCUUACUCAAACCCCAUCAGUUCUCUUAAUCGAACUACAGCUCCUUAAUGGCAAUAGAGUGUUUGCUAUGUACAAGCUAUUUCAAGUGAGGUUAACAAGACUCCAGAAUCAAAAUCGUUACCAGCUAAUAGUUGGUAAAUACGUUGGGACUGCAGGGGACGCUUUAGGCGACUUAAAUGAAGUCUUUUUUUCAACACGUGAUAGUGAUAACGAUGAUGACGUAGUUCGUAACUGUGCAGGCACACUGGGUUCAGGGUGGUGGUUUAAGAAAUGUAUCUCACAAUUUACAGUAUCUGUAGAUUUAAAUGGGAACUAUCCCAGUGGAAUUCGCUGGCGUGUUGGGUUGACUUCUCAUGCUAUUACAUCUGUGACCAUGAAAAUCAAACCUAAACAAGGUGAGAUAUUCAAAAGUUCUUUUUCAUUUAUUAUUCAUUACUCAUAGAGUAUUUACGUGACUGCGUGAUGCAGUUAAUAUUGUGUGUUCACUUGACAUAAUGUGACUACGCGAUGCGGUAGUUAUGUCAGCCCACAAUUGACCUGCUCACCACGGAGUUCUCAGUAGCUCAGUGGUUAUAGCAUCCCACUAGUGUACGGAAGACCGUGGGUUCAAUUCCCAUCUGAAACUCAGAAUUUUUUUCUGUGUUCUUCUCUCCACACAUAUCAUUUCAUUUAUUAUUUAAAGUCUUAUCGCCUAAUUAUUUCUAAAGUGCUGUAGACCCGGCGGGGGGGUCUGAACCAAUAUUUGGGUAUGGGUGAACUGUUGUGGGUUUGAAACCCUGACCUUGUCUAGGAAAAAAAUCCUACAAUACAUACCCCGUUUAGGUUGUCCGUUAGGACAACGCCCGCAAUUUAACAACCCUAUUUUAACCAUUGUUUUGGACUGUUUUAGCUGCUCGUUUCCUAUUUUGAGAAUUUCUCAACUUGAAUCUCACGUUUGCCGUUUGCCGCAAACGUCAUCCUGAGCUAGGGAUCUAUCCUGACGAAAGGAUGAAACUCAAGACGUCUUUGCUGUCCCAAAUUUAGACAAUUUACCUGCUCUCAACUCCGGUUAUGUUAAUUAUACCGUACAACACAAUUACUCCUUCAGGAUUACCAAAAUACCAAAAUGCAAUGAGUGUAGUAGGCUAACUCAGUUGACAAAACAUACUUUUUGGCUUUCGUUUUGUGAUUCAGACUCAAACUUUUAAUUUUCUGGUUUCUAAGACAUAUUGUGCAGCGACGAAAAGUGUUAUGGCUUAUCUAGUCACGUUGCAAGUUGGAACGACUCUUUGACCCAAAGUCCAAAUGGAUUCAGGCCAGUGAAGAUUACAAAUAAGUACGAACAGGAUGCUGUGUCUGGAUUCGCUUCAUCAAAUCCUUGGAUUGGUAAGAUUGAUCAUUCAGGCCUUGGGAGAUUGGGGAUUGCUCACGAAAUUCUUUAAAAGUGACCUUCAAUUUCAAAUCCAUGUUCACCAGGACCUUUUUGAUACCAGGGUUGGGGGGCGGGGAAUUGCCUGGGUUAAUUUUUGCUGGGUAUCUGCCGCUGGCAUCUCAGAGCCCCUACCCCAUUAUAGUCUAUUCUGUGGCCAAAUAUAGACCCCAUCUUGGACACUUUUGGGAAACCGUAAUUUUCGCCAUCCCAUCUUUGUUAAAAAAAAAAAAAAACCUUGUUCAUUCUACUUAUAUUUCAAAUCAAUAGCUAUUGGUUUGUAAGAGCCAGCUCUAUAAAAGUGGCCCAUCAAAGAAGAAACCAGGGACGAUGAAGAGAACGGAUCACGAUCAUCACGUUUUCUUUUUACCUGCUGCCAUGAAACUCUGAGCAUUCUGGAUUACUUAAACCUCAAACUUUAAGGUUGUUUUAAAGAAACGCGGCCCGUAAUCAGACAAUUAAUGUUUUCCAUGUUCAGUUGGGGUGAUUAUGGAGUAUUUGUUGUGAGUUGUGAGUUGUGAGUUGUUUGUCUUUGCUUCUUAAUUCUUUUUUCCCUGUAGGAUUGUCGACCAGAGACGUUCAUCAAUCCAUAUGGAGUGAAAUCGGAGAAGCACUUGGUCUUCCCCAUUCUGAGAAGUGUUUGCGCAUGAGUGCCGAAGGUUACCGCUGGAACACAACACCAUGUGAAUCCCAGACGUUUUUUGUUUUCGAAAAAGGUAACAACUUACGAUUGGUCCCUGCCCUGGUCAGGCCGCAAAUCAAGGUCUUGUAAGAUCAUGCUUGUUGUGUUUUAGAUAUCGUCUCAGGUGGGAAAAUUGUGUCUUUAAGCGGUGCAUCAAUCAUUUGGCGUUGGUCCUUUCCUUCAUUCUUGUUUUCGGUAGUUAAUUCAGGAGGAUUUAAAAAGACCCUUACUGCUGUUCGAAAAGUGUACAAGACGUAUCCCAAUGGAGUACUAAGCUACCUCUAUUCGUACUUUCCGUAUGAAUUGGUUGGCUAGUUUAUAGUGUACCCACAUUUCAGGGCACCCCACCUAUCCCUCCCCUAAGGCAACAUUAAAACUUACUUCUCACUUAGGGCAAAAUUUUGGCUUAGGGGAGGGGUACGUGGGCAGUUUGCCAGAAACCUAAACUGACCCGGAGACUCUAUACUUUCUCUGUAGAUAAUGAAAUGUCCCUGCUGGACCUUAGUUUUGGUGGAGGUGGAUCUUCUAACACAAGCCUGUCUUUAGUGUAUGACCAAAGUAGCUAUUACAUUAGAAUUAAAGUGGACGCCUAUUCCUUCAAGCUACGUUUGAACAGAACUACGUCAUUCAACGAAUGGACUCAUGUAACAGUGUCCCUGAACAGAUCUAACAGGGUACUGACAUAUGGCGAAAAUGGGCUAACUAUGUCACAGGUAAAGAUCUCGUUUAGUCCCAAGACUACUAGGUAAUUAAAUUAGAGGAUACUUUCCAGUUUUGCAAAGUGCUCAAAAAAAAGUAGUACCAUAUGAAAAGGAGCGUUUAUUUCAAUGGCCACUCUAUAGAAUUUUGUCCAAAAACUCAAGCUAGAACUAUAUAGCGCAUAUGCAGAGUUGACCAUCGUCAUUACUGACAUUAUUAUCAUCACCAACAUCGUUUUCACUAUCGUCACCACCACCACCAUCAUCAUCAUCAUUAUCACGCAUUAUCAGUAUCAUCAUUAUCAUUAAUAUUUACAUCUUAUAUUACUUCAAUUUAUUUUUUAAGGUAUUGCUGGAAACAGAAAUCCCAGACUUGGCAUGGAACAGUGUGGCUGUAGGAAGAUCAUAUGAUCCUGCUUUUAACAUUGGAUUCAUGAAGUCAUUUGAGAUGAGGAAACUUAAAAUAGCGAAUUUCAACGCCCCCGAAGAUGGGAUGCAUACGCUAAUGGAAAAGGGUAAAAGCGGUGUUUUCUGCACAGUUGAUGUGUUUGAGUUUCUUUACUUAACGAUUGCAAAUUUUACGUCCAAUGUUUUCUAAGGUUUGCAUGAAAACGCAAAAGGGUUUCAUAAGACAUACAAUGCUUUAACUUGUGCACUGUAGUAACUUAAAGCAUUCAGUGUUGGUACUUUUUCUUUGAAUCUUUUGUUUCUUGUGCAUUUGUAUAACAAUAAAAGUUUUCAGCCAUGUAUUUUCCUGAACAAGGAUUGACUAACCAAAAGUGUCCUCUUGGGUGACCGAAAUCGAGAAUGAAAGGCUUUACAAGAUAGCCGGGCUCCUAAUUUUGCACGUAGGUUCUCCAGUUAUGAAUUAAGUGGGUUUCAAGAUGUGUUACUUAUCUUGUAGUGAAAACUACGUAUUUUCAAAGUGAUGGAUGCGCGUUUGAAAAGAUCAACAUCGUCAGUGCUCCUCACUUGGGUCAAGACUGUCGGCUGGCUCCGUAUCCUGUCACGUGUACCGAGAGACUCUCUUCUGUAGGUCAGUAACCCUUGCAUUCACAUCUUUUAGCUGAUCAAUUUAUUAAUUCUCAUCCCCUUUUCUCUCGUUGAAGUAUUGACAUUACCAGGAGAAAAUUGAUUUUUGUCACUCUUGGGACUUUGAGGGUUAAGGGGGGGGGGGGGGGGGUGCUUAUUUUGUUCCUUAAAAUGUAUACCUUAAGAUGACUUUGUCGUCGUUUUAAAUGAAAAAUCUUUUAUCAUUUAAGAGGGAAACUGGAACGUAUCUAUUAUUAACCAAAAUGUUAAAUGUUUGUGUGUGUGGCAUACUUGGCUUUUAGCGUCCUGUCGUCACUAAUCUCUGUUGAAACAUCUGGGGGUGAGGAGGUCAUUUUGUAUAUGUUACACUAUAUUCAAUGAAGGCACACGUACUGUAUACCCUACAUUCAGUAAAAAGGGGUGUGGUGGUGGGGGGGGGGGUGCGUAUUUGAAGGGGGCGCUUAUGUGAGCCUUUACUGUUUUUUUUCCCUCUUGUCACAGGGCCAUUACAUUCAGAAGACAGAAAACCCAGAAGCUUAAAACUGCGUGAAGACCAAACUGUAAAGAGUCCAUUUAUCAGUGAUAUCUACGGAUGCUUUACACUACGAUUACGUUCAAAUAAUGGCUGGCUGUAUGUUUUUCUCCAGUUUAUGAAUGAAGAAGAGGAGCUAGUGUACAUUAUGUAUGUCGAACAAGGACAAAGGCAUGACGUAUAUAUCAGGCUGAAGAGUUUUGUUCGUGGUUCAUAUCAGGUAAUUAUUACUCCUUGUUCUUCUUUCGAUUCUUCUCUUAAUGGUAUCCAGAAUGUGACUGAAAUUCAAGAGAUUCGGGAAAUUUGUGAAAAGCUGAACCUUAGUUAACGUGCAGUUUUAGUCUCUGCUCGCGUUCUCUGCUUUGCCCCUGGAUGUUUUUACUUAGACUUGCUACAAGUGGACCUCUAUUAAUUUCUUUAAGCGAGCGUCAAUGAGGUUGUGACAGAGCGAGAGGUCGGCUUGUUUCGCUUGAAUGGAUUUGAAUCAAAUUAUAAAUUCAUGCGGGAAAAAAAUACGGGUGUCUUCCUAGAACUUCGCGAGUUUCAUCAUGCUAAAACCCUCCGUCUAUUAAAGGUUUGUAGGAAAUCUAAGCUCUACUUUGUCUUUCCUGUUCAUGAAGAGGCGUUGUCUUAACCCACGUUUUGCGCUAGUUUGUACGUUCUUUUGAUGAGGAAAGAAAAAAAGAAUGUGCAAAUAUCGAGUGUAGCUAAGACCCGGUUCAGACACCGCUCCACUCAUGUGCCGAACCUAACUGAUGAAUUAAGUACGGCAAAAGAGCGGCGUCUGAAUCAAUUUGGUACGGCAGUUUUAGUUUGGUGCGGCAAAAGCGUUAAGUUCGACAGAGUCUGUCGAACUUUUGUGGAACUUAACUUAGGUUCGACACAUGAUACGCCAUCUGAAUCAGAUGUCGCGCCAGCGUCGCUCUAAAGUCGAACUUAUUCAGUUAGGUUCGGCACAUGAAAAGUACGGCGUCUGAACCAGGCCUAAAGUUCGUGGGUCUUGGGUAGUGGGUAGAGGUCGUGGGUCGUGGGUCGUGGGUGUGGGUGUGGGUGUGGGUAAAUGUCGUGGGUAAAAGAAGUAUAGAAAAAACGAUAAAGUAAAGUAAUUGAAAAAAAAUAAAUGGAAAAAAGUUGUAAAAUAUUUUUGAAACGAAAACCUCCGACUCCUUGAUUGCCUUUUUUGCGGCUUCUUCUUCGUCCUGUUCCUGAUAUCUCCUUAGCCACGUGGGACUUGUCCCCUUUCACAACAUAACUGAAAUUUCUCUUUUUCCCUUUCAUCAUUAGAUACGUCUUGAAGCAAAGUAUAAUCAGAUCGUAAUUUUUGAGGAUAGUAUGAGGCUCACUGUUGGAGAGUGCGAGUCAAAGGCUCCAUUAGGAGAAGGUAUGUAGACGAAAUUUCUUCUUUUUACUGCCCUUUAAAAUACUUCUCAUAUUUCAAUUUAAUUUGGUGCUUAAUAGACACAUCAGGCAAAAUAUCUGAUUCUCGCAUUUUUACCAAUAAAUAGGCUACCUUAAGUGAUUUUUAAGCCGAUAUCUCGUAUUAAAACAUAGAACACAUUUGCCAUGGACAAUUAGUGGAGAAUGGCGCUCUAUAAAUUUAUUUUAAAUUUAAUUUUAAUUUAGUGUACAAAAUGGCUUUUUAAAAUGACUUUUCUAAACAAAUUUGAGUGGACGUGGCACAACUUCUUGGUAUGGCUUUAGUUUCCGAGGAAAUUCUGCCCUCUUAUUGGUUACGUCCCGAACCUUCCCACCUGACUACUACAGAACUAUAUCUCAUUUCUUCCUGUUGACAAAGCCGCCACAUCUAGGGCAGUACAGAGCUUCAAAACAUAUUACAGUAUAAGUCUUUUUGUUUCUCAAUAGCAAGUGAAAGCCUUUGUUAUACUAGAAAUAGGUGUAUGUCGUGUAUCGCAGAACCUCGUAACGCUUGGGGAAGGUGGCCCGUAUAAUGUUAGGGAUGUGCUAGAGGAAUGAAUUGAAUUGUGUAACUGUGGAGGGCGUUGAACACUAGCCCUGAAAUCGGACGAUGAGUAUCUUUUUGAUGGCUGGAUUGAAUAGCAAGUAAAAACAUUAAGGUAAUAUUAUGUCUGUGCAUUAUUCGGUAGGAUUUCAGAACUCCUUUAUCCAGGGCAAACAUCAUGUCACCGACCACCUUUAUAAAAUCCUUUUGGGGGAAGGCCAUCAUUGGAUUCCUUGUUACAGCGCCAGAAAAGACGGCUGGGAACCUGAAGUGUUUCACAACAAGUGUGAUCACAAACCUUAUACAUUGUUCUUGGCCAAAGCCAACUCAUGGUGGAUAUUUGGUGGCUAUAGUAACAAGCCUUGGAAUGCCUGUGAGAUGAUGAGUCGAUUAGUUCACCUUUUUUAACUGCAAAAAUCGAUAUAGCUUUUUACAAAACCCGAGUGAUUUCUCGAGCGCUGAUUGCUUGAGAACUAUGGUAAAUAAGAGAAGAGUACAGAGCAUUGAAGUGACAUUUUCUAUCCCCUGCGAUAUCGUAAACUUCCGCUUAUAAGCCCUGUAUACAACUCCGCAAGGGUUUUAUGAGGGCUUAUAAACGGGGCCCUUAUAUCCGGGGAAGCUUAUAACCAAAUGUAUUUUUUGUUUACAAGUAGAUGGGCCUAUAACUGAGGGGUUGGGGGCUUAUAAAGGGAGGAUCUUAUAUCCGAGGGAGCUUAUAACUGGGGGAUCAUAAUUGAAGCUAAAGGGGGGCUUACAUCUGGGGGGCUUAUAAUCGGAUGUAUCUUUUGUUUACAGAUAGAUGAGCUUAUAACUGGGGUGGGGGAUUAUUAGCAAAGGAUCUUAUAUACGAGGGGGCUUAUAACUAGGGGCUCAUAAUUAGAGCAAAAGGGGGCUUACAUCCGGUAGGCUUAUAAUCGGAUGUAUCUUUUGUUUACAGGUAGAUGGGUGUAUAACAGGGGAGGCUUAUAAAGAGAUGAAUUUAAAGCGGGAAGUUUACUGUAUAUUUUAUUUUUUUCUUAUUUUUAGUUGUUAACGGUUCAAGCAAAUGUCUUUCCUGUUUUCUCUUCUCAUUGGCCAAUUAUAAUGGAGCAUAUUCCCCAAUCAAGAAUGUUAGAAGAACUAACAAGAGGGCUUCCAUCUUAAAUGACAUGAGUCAUGGACCAUCGAUUCCCCCAGACCUUCUUCUGACUGGUAAAAAUGGAACUAGCGCUCUUGGUCAAAUAUUUUUUUCUGGGAGCGAUGACUGGCGGCGAGGAAGGCCACAAGAGGCAUUAUUAGCGGGAAGUUCAGAAUUCACGUUGUCGGAGCUUGAAGUCUACUAUGGUAAGCUUUUACAUGGGUUUCGGAAACAGUUAAUGUAUAUUAUUUUAAUCUUUUUUCCCUUAUCUUUUUUCUGUCUUGACUUUGCUUUACCUUUCGUUUACUUCGUUCAAUUUAGAUAUCAAGUUUGAUAGAACUGAAUAUUAGCUUACUCAUCUAAAAAUUGAGAGAUAAUAUCAAAAUUAAUUUAAAUAUGGGUAAGUGGUGUGCCAAACACAAUGGCGGAUCCCGACCUUUAGAUGAAGGGGAGAGGACUAGUCUCAAAAAAAAUUCUUUCGGCCCUUCAGGCCUCAGUUUGGUUAGUCCGCCACUGAAAUAGGUUUUCACUCGUCAACGAAAUUUCGUUCCAAAAUUUUGGAAGAAUGAUCCCCCUUUUUCCUUCUUCACCGAGGGCAGGGAAAAGGCGCACACGAGACAAAGGCCCAAACGGUCGGAGCUUAUCCCAGUUUCCUUAGCAUGAAGCAUGCAUAGGAGUAUUGCUACUCCCCCGCGGACGGGAGGUUAGUCCAUCGCAGGGUUACAACCCCCCCCCCCCCAAGCAGUAUGUCGCCGGUUCCAUUUAUACCCUUGGUUGAAGAGAGAAGUUGAAGAGAGUUAUUCGACGGGCGAGGCUUGGACUCCGGACCUCCAGAUCCCGAGUUAGAGUCUCACACGUAUGCGCAUUGAUGUGAAUGCAUCAGUUGCUUUUCGUAGACUGGAAAAUAACCUUUUUUUUCUCUUGACAGGUUAUGAUGUGUUUUCCAGAGUGAAGACUUGCUUUGCAGGCAAUGUGGUGAUGCACGUGGGAGAUAACAUGUCGUGUCUGCUCGGUGGUUCAAAAGAUAUUGAACACAUUUAUCUUGAAAUUGGUUGUGAUACUGCUCACAAAGCUACUUUCCAGAUAAAUUUCAACGAUCGGGCAGAGUCAGUAAGGUAAUUAAAUCAACCAAUCACAGCUGACAAUAGAUCCAUUAAAACAAUUUCAUCAAGCGCGGGAACACGCUGGCUACAGUUACGAAUAAAUGCUUGGUUGUGAUUGGUUGAGACAGUGAAGUUAUUCAUUGACGAGAUAAUUGUUAGUCCAUCACAAAGUCCAGAAAUUGGUGCUUGGUUAGGUUCCUUUACGAAAUCAAGAUUAGAAAUUUCAAAAUCUUUCACAAACGAUCACAAAAUCGAAACAUGCAUUUUGCUACAAAAAAAAUCUUUUACGAUAUGCUUUUCAACUAGAAGAUUUACAGACGAAACGGUUUUUGGAUUUUGUAUUGGUUUAGAUGAUCCGUAAAAUCUGGAUUUUCCAGUAAAGCGAACUCUUAAUUGAAAAUUGCUAGAACUAAUAAGGUUGCCUGACCGUAAUGGCUGACGUAUCAAAAGUAGAGCGCUAAGGUGAGAAUUAAGGCUCCUUCAAAGCUAAGAUAAAUCUAAAGAACCAAUAUGUGUAAUAAAAAAAUUUAGCUGCUGGUUCUUAAAACGAACGUCUUUCCUAAUAGAACGAUUUUCGUAUGACCUUGAAAAAUGGUUUCGGUAAGUGUUCGUUAUUUGUUUUAUUAGCCAAUCGAUGAAAAGAUCAAAACAUGGACUCGUCGUUUUCCCGCAAAAGAGAACCCUAAUACGGAGAAGGCAUUGUUCGAUUAGCCAGUCGUGUCGCAGUAUGACGUCAAAGCGAUUUCUAGAAAGUUUUUCCAGCAUGAAGUUUUUCCAGCCGAGCUUUCGCUUAACCAACCAAAAGCGACGCGCGUUUGUAUCCGUUCGACAAACCAAUCAAAUCGCUCUAUUUCCCUUCGUUUGUUGUUUCUGUUUUGUUCGCAAGUUUUCAUUUCAAGGUCAUACGAAAAUCGCUCUAAACAAGCUCCUGGCAGGAGCCCCUGCUCCUGGAUAUUUCAGUCAAAUGAAAAAGCCUCAAUAAAGAGAGUAACUGUACUUUAAUUUACACGAUUGACCUCACGUUUUAUUUGAUUUUCGUAGUUGUAAAAGGUGAUGGCAGAGCCACCGCUAGUAAGCAAAUCCCUAUGAGUGUGGGGACACACCCCGUCAGAUUAGCGAUCAUUUAACGCAAAGUGAAAUGCUUUAUGUUCUUAAAGUCUGCAUGUGAUAACGUACUGCAUCAAGGCUUAGAGUAUUAUUAAAGUUCGACUAUUCUUGUACUCUUAUGUCUGUACUGUGUUGUAUUCUAUAUAUGGUAUUGCAGAUUUCUCAAAGAUGCUAUUUGUGGGUCAGUUUUUUACUUCAUAAAAGUCUAUGGUGCCACAGAAAUAACCCUCACCUUACUCCGACAAGUCAAAGCUAAUGACACUUCAGUUCAGGCAAUUGGCUGGAUUGGAGAAAAAGGUAAAUAACACCGUUUCUGCUUACUGGUAUUCGCCAUUUGCACAUCUUCCAUAUGCACCUUGUUUGCCGCUCCAAAAUUGUGCUUCAGCAUUGUUUUUAAUUUCUCCUGGGACAACCGCAUAAUGCAAAACUUUUAGAAAAUGUGGAAAUGGCGAAUGGAUGAAAGCGUUUUUCUCAAGUGUUUAUUGUUAUUAGUAGUAUAGUAGGGAGAGAUAAGGCCGUUUUGGGGCAGGAGUUUCAGAAACACUGAUAACGUCAUGCAAAGGCAUCUCAUUAAGGUGAUGUUAUACGAGAUGAUUCGCAACGACGAUUUUUAGCGCAACACAGCGACGCGAUGUUGGAACAAUGUUGGAAGCAUUCGAAGCAGUGUCGUAAUAAUGUUGUGACGCAGUAUUGCGUUAAAGAUCGUCGUUGCGAAUCGUCUCGUGUAACAUCACCCUUAAAGCAAGGAGCCCAAAAGUGUGACCUCUUUUAAUUUAUUCAAAUUCUUUCGUGCAGAUUUAAUCCAAUCAGAAGCCACUGGAAACUGUCCUUGACUAAUGACUGGUUAAUUUCUGCAUGAAAGAAUGUGGGUUAAUUAAUGGAGGUCACACUUUGAAGCUUCUUGUUGUAAUAUAGAGACCCCUUUUUGAAGAAGGAUCCGUAGUGUGAAGUGGAAUGCAUUAACGCAGAUAACGUCAUUAAUUUCAUCAAGACAGGGAACCUUUUUAUGCACGAAUCUCAUUAACGAUGGAAUAAGUUAAGGUUAAUGACGUUUAUCAUCCACCAUAUUUCUGUUGUUUUUUGUCAGUCUUCCAACCCACCACCCAGCCAAGUCCUUAGGCGUUUCCUCUGUCCCGUUUUCCGCGCAAAGUUUGGCGAAGGGUAGGUGAGUCGAGGGGUAGGCGGGUAGGCGUCUCGGUGACGCAAUGUUCACAGUAAAGUCCAACUUUGACCGAGCCGAGACCACCUGAGGACUAGGCUGGCCUCUACCAUAUUUUGUGUUUUAGACUUUUUCAUUUUUUCUGAAUUAGUGACGCUGUUCUUUUAAGGGUUCAAGGUAUAACCGGUUGAACAUUUCCUUGCCUCUGGUUCGUAUUUAUAUACUUAUUUCAUUUUUUUUAAAAUUCAACCGCAGAUCAAAUAAAACCGCUGUAUCAAACCCCAAACCGGUAUUGGUCCUUGGAUAACUUUCGACAAACGAUUACCUCUGCUAAUAAUGCUACCACUAACGGGAAAAGUUUCCCUCGACGUUCAAAGCGUUUAAACAUUGAAUCGGAAAACGUUACGUUUUUUGCUGGAGGCGCAUUGAACCUUGGGAAUGUCACUGAUCCAUGUAUCACGAAUCCAGUCGAAGUAUCCUGCCCCGAUGGAUUUACAGUGUCAUUUUGGCUUCGCCUGCAGGAGACAGGGUCAUCGCAGGCUCAUGGCUUGAAGAUUCUAGGAUUUGGAGAACCAAAUGAUAAUAGACGCGGCUUCAUAGUGAUAGAACGUGAUGGUCAAGUCGUGGUGCAAGUAACGCACGAGAGCUUUAAGACUGAAGUGUCAUUUGAUGUCAUACAUGGUGUUUGGACACACAUUGUUUUCACUUUCCGUCCAUUGAUCACUUUAAAAGUUUAUCGCAACGGAGAGAACUUGGGCUCAAGAACAAAAUCUUAUGGGAACUUCGUUGAUAUAGUACAACCGCUGUCCACUGGUCAAGCGGUUGCUGUAAUUGAUGAACUAAUGGUUUGGUACAAAAAGUUUGAUCAACAAACAGUCAUGCGCAUGUACGAGUAUCUUACAGGUACGCUGACUGAUGAAGGUAAAAACGUUUUAUAUUACGCACCGGUAAGGCUGAGACCGAGUGUUAGCAUUGUAUUUUUCCUCUCUCGAGUUUUUCAAAUGACUUCCGCCAAAAGACCGGAUAACUAAUAAUGCUGAAAUGGCACUAGUACCACAAGGUCGAUUCAUUUUUUAAAAGUGAUAUGUGACAUUGGAAGCUGGGAAAUACAUGACCCCUGUUGCCUAAUAGGGAGCUUUAGUUACGACGACGGCGAUAGCAACGAGAAUGGUAAAAAACAAUAGGUAUAGAUUAGCAAAACAACAACUUUGCACGUGCAUCACGCUUUUUUGUACAUUUCUAAGUGCCGUUACUGUACGACUGCGACCUGAAAUGCCUAAUUUUCGUAGAGGACGUGAAAACGAGACAACGACUUUCUUUUUCUUUUCCUGAGCUUCGAUACAAUCUUUAAGAAUUCAACUCCAGAAAAAAUUUGCCACCAUUUGACGAACUGAACGAGAUGGAAUAAGCGCGAUAAAGAUUUUAAGUGGCCAUCGCCGUCGUUGUUGAUUAAGCUUCCUAAUAUUCUCUAUAUGAAAUCUACAAUGAAAUCAUUACCGAGAGCCCGCCACACACGAAACAUCUUUACCUGAAUGGCAGCACCAAAGUACUGAAUGCACGCUUGACAGGCUCUUUCUGCAAAGUAAGCGGCAAUAAUAUUCCCUAAAUGAGACGAUUUUAUUUCUCAAGGCAAACCAGAGAUGCUGUGGAUUACAGUGGAACUGAAGUUUCCAAACAAAGUCUGGGCUGAGUUUUUAAGUGAGGAACAACGCGAAGUUAGAAGAAUUGAAAAGAAAGUAAGAAAUAACAGUGUCUUGUGGUCUGUAUUCCAUCUCAUCACACUUUAAAUGAUGAAACAUUUUAGCAACAGCUUUGAAAAAAAUAUAUUGUUUAAAUCGUCAUGUAAGGGGUUAGCAAAACUUUUAAUAACAGUUAAAAUAGGCCCUGCCUUAUACACGGGCUGUAAUCAAGGCUUCCUUGAAUAGCCGGCCUUGUAAGAUCAAGAGGUCUUUGUUUAAAACAAAACGUCUUUAUGGCACAAGAAGCAGAUGAGACACUUUACAAAUUAACUUGAUUGCAGCAAUUUCAGGUCGUGCGUUUUCGCUCCUUUUUAUUUGUGACAGUGUUGGUAAAACCGUUAAUUUCUUUUUCCAUUUAUUUCAGCUGAACCAAUUUUUUGAAGUCGACAACAACUAUGCCUCUUGUUUCGUCUUUUCAUUUCGGUCAGUAUCAUCAACGUUUAACCGUACUCAUAAUCAGUCACUUUUACAAGCAUGACUGCGGAGGUGCUGAACCCAAGUUGAACCCAAGUGACCGCACUGAAGAACGCAGCCGCUCUACCACUCAACGUUUUUACGUCCAUUUAUUUGGUCCUUUCUUAACAUCAAUCGUAAAAAUCCGUAUAAUUCAUGGAUGAGCUAGUGUAGACGGGACGUACACUGCUAUGACCUACCUGCCUGAAAGAAAUUUGUUUUUCAUGUACGUUAUGACUAAAUUCAGGAAAGACGUAUUAGGUUAAGCCUUUUAGUUUCUAACUCCUAAGUGUGACCCAAGACAAAUUUCGAUCAAACUAAAUUCCAUGUUAAUAGUACCAAGCCCAAAAUUCUACCAGGGAGGAUUCAUAUGAAUGGUCACACCAUAGGAUUUCCAAAGAAUCAAAAGUUAGAACCGCCUUGUGCAGCAUGAUGAGCAGUACCACAGGAAAGUACUGCUCAGUAGCUUUCAUUUGAAUGGUAACACCAUAGCAUUUCAUCCACAGACUCAAAAGUUAGAAUCACCUUGUACAGCAUAAUAAACAGUACCACAGGAAAGUACUGCUCAGUAGUUUUUAUUUGAAUGGUAACACCAUAGGAUUUCAUGCACAGAUUUAAAAGUUAGAAUCACAAAUAAUCUCGUCAUUUCUUGGUCUAGGAAGGAAGGGUUAAGCUACCCUUACGACCUGAAGUGUUGAUUUCUUUUCCAGUGCCGGGAGUGUUAUCACCAACGUUAAUAUGUCAUUCUAUUCCUUGGGAGUUGACCAGGCCAUCAAAAUCCAAGAAACAUUAACUGGAAAUGCGUCCGUGAUAUUUGAAGAAGAGGCCAACAUCACUUCCUAUUGGUCAUCAGAUGGUAACGGUCUUUCAUUCUUACUUCCUGCUAUUUCGCUUCACACGUGAAACCCCCGUUGAUAAUAUAUUUCCCAAUGAACAAUUUAAGGGAACGGUUUGCAAAAAAUUGAUGGGUAUCGAGUUCUCAAGAACAUAUUAGCCUGAUAGACGUCUAACGCUAUUUACUUAUGAGCUUUUGCAUCCAGGCAAGGCAUGAUCUUGUACCUAUGAACCCGAAUUUCGAAGUGUUGGUCGAUUGGCAUGAUUUCGCCUCUACGCCUUGCCACCCUGAGGUUUCCAAAAACCAUCAAAGUUCCCCCACUACGGGUUUUUCAGAAUAUUGGUAAAGCUAUUAAAUCAGUUGAUUCGUGGGUGGUAAAACGUGCACCAUCCCUGUACAACUCGUUUUGCAGGAAUGUUGCACGUUCUUGUUGCUUGUUUGCCGCACCUUUAGAUUUUAUUGCUUUUAAUACUUAUGGAAUUACAUAACAAGGGGGAGGGGAGCCAGAAGGCCUAAAGUGACGUGAAACGUAGUUUUUUCAGAAGGCCAUAAGGAGAAAAGCGCAUAAAAAUAGCAUGGUCUGGAACAAAUUCGACACCCUCGUAUUCCCUUUAUUUUCAGUGCCACUGUACAGCCCAUCUAAUGUCACGGCGACCCCGUGUAAUUCUUUGACUCCGUGUCUCCUGGUGUCGUGGGAUAGUUUACCUGACUCAACCUUAUACGAUAUUAGCGGUGUAUUCCAGUAUUACAAAGUUCGCUACCGUACAGUUACCGCCCCAUUUGAGGAGUUGAUAGUCCCAAACAAUGAUACAAAAGAGGACAAACAAGAAGUGCUGUUAACAAAUCUUUUUGCGUACACUGAAUACACUAUCCAAGUUUUUAUGGUCACACUCUUUGCUCAUGGAUUACCCAGUGAUGUUGUUGUUGUCUCUACUAGAGCAGGUGGUAAGUGCCUUUUAACACAUGUAGGAAUAAUUUGUGACGAAAACCCUAAGGAAAUCCCUGCUGUUUUAUCAGUUUGGAUAUAUUUUCAUAAUCACUGCAAAAUUAUUUUCCUUGUUGUUUCCCCAUAGCUAUUCUUCAAGAGAAUGAUUGUUUGAACAUAUAACUUGUAAGUAGUAUAAUAGGGAUGAACCACACCUACUUUUUGCAGGUAAAAAUUUACCUUAUCGAAGCUAAAUCAUUCCCCAGUAAACGGGGGCACCCAACGAGAAUAUAGUUCAAAACCACUUUAACAUAGCAUUGUUAAACGUAUUUCAGUAUUAAAACGGUAUAUAUAGGCAUAUUUUUACCCCCUAAAAAUUUUUCAUCUGUUCGGAUUUCCUAGCUGAAAGUCUAGUGAUCCGAAAAUUAUAGGGAUCAAAACUUACCUCUUCGAAACUUUCAGCCAGAAAAAAGGCUCCUGAAAAUUCUAGGUGACCUUUUUAGGGUAAAAAUGGGCAAUUAUACCAUUUUUUAGAUGUUCGAAAAUCCUAGGAGAGGCAGACAAGCAAGAAAUUUUGGAAAAAAUGUUCCGAAAAUUCUAGAUCUCAAAUCGUCUUCCGGACAGAUAUUUUCCGAAAAUUGUCGUUGGGUGCCCCUGAGUAAAUUCAUGUGAUUCUAGAAAACGAUUGAAAUAUUCCAGCUAUUCUAUCUACAUGUACCAAACAAAUUCUUGGGCAAAGCAUAAAUAUAAAUAGUGUAAAUAAUUAUAUAAAUAUAGAGUGGUUUUCAUUUGAGUGUCGAAAAGUAAUUGGUUUUGCACUUUCUACACGAUGUGAUUGGCUUAAAAGAUUCGCGCCACCUUUUCAUCCAAUCAGAAGUAAAACCAAAGCCAAUUGUGACGCGCUCGCAUGCAUUUUCCCGCGCUUUGCGUCAGCCACAUGUAAUUACUUCGAGUUUUGAUUGGUUCAAUGUAUUGUCUGUGUCCUAUGUGAUUGGCCAGAGUAAUUACUUUGGUUUUGGUUUUACGACACUCAAACGAAAACCACUCUAACUGGAAAUUUUUGGCAUCUCAUAUUUCCUCUUUCAUUCAUCUUCAUCUACAUGGCUUUCAGAGAAGGGUGUUGCAGGCUUAUCGCGCUUCCUGAAAAAACGUUCUAACUUAAUUUCAGUGCCAGGUGCCCCGCCGAUGAAUCUAGCGGCGGUAGACGCAAAUUCAAGCUGUAUCGAAAUCACGUGGAGUCCAAUUCCUGACAGUUUAAUAAACGCACCCUCACUUUUGGGUUACGAGAUAUUGUGGAAGAAAUACAACGAUUCUUCUUUCAAUUCAACAAUGACAAAUCAAACCAGAGCUUGGUUGACUGGAUUACAGCCGUUUACAGACUAUAACGUUUUGGUCAAAGCUGUAAAUAGCGUUGGUAGCGGUCCUGGUAGUACUGUUCUGACACGUAAGACCACUGAAGAAGGUAAGCUAUACUUUCACCGUGGGGAAACUUGAUGAUGUUGGGAGUUAUGUCCAGAAGUGCAGUCAUACUCCUUAUGAUAGCCAUCAUAAAGUGUUCCCGCGGCCCUAAUCUUUACCUAAACGUAAGCAAUGCUAUCAAACAUGAUCAAUAAUUGUCUUAUAUGAAGUACCCAAGGUCUGCGUUGUGUGCAUGUCUGGAUAUAAGUGAAUGUUUCAUUGGGCAAAGCAGUAUAGCUUACGUGAAUAGCCUUUGCAGACAAGCUACAGUCACACCCUACCAUGUAAGUGAAUGUCUGUUGUUUCGCCUACAAGUUGUUUCGCCCACACUGAGGUCGAUUCGCCUACAUAUUAAAUUAAUUGCUUCAUAGACGAUUUAUACAUUUUUAUAUUCGUCGCUAAAAAAAAUUACGAAAUGCGGCCGGAUUUGAGAUGGAUUUUGUUUUUGUUCGCCAUUUCCUCAGCCGAUUAACUCGCGUGAACGGAUCCACGAUCACGUUAGUGUGCACACAUUGUUGCGCGAAUUGCUUUGAAUAUAUAUUAAACUUGUGGGUUUUGAAGAAAUAAGUGGAGCGAUAUUAUUACUCGCAGAAAAAAAACCACGCCUUUUAUUAACGUCAAUAUUAUUUUCAAAACCUAUGGAUAAUUCACAAAGGAAAGCCAAAUAGAUCACGCUUGACCAGUGUUUUUAAAUCAGAUUAAACACAUGUAAAUCUUACCCCUACACAGUUUUCGUAUCAAAACUUCUCCAACGUCCAGGGGUAGCGUGCGAAUAAACACCAGUACGUAAUCUUUCUUUCUUCACACCAUGUAAAUUGAGAUCAAUUCAGGUUUGAGGGAAACUGCCCACCUACCCCUCCCCUAAACGAACAUUAACACUUACUUCUCACUUAGGAAAAAUGUUGGCUUAUGGGAGGAGUCUCACGGUGGGCAGUUUCCCAGGAAUCUAAAUUGAUCCGUAAAUUGUUCGUGAAAAGCGUCAAAAAAAUUAUUGUAUUUCAGCUUUGAAGGAUGCUCCGCAGAAUGUCUCGGGAUACAACGAAAGCUCUACAAGCAUUCAUGUGAUAUGGCUACCCAUUCCAAACCAACCAAACAUACUCUAUUACAAAAUCAACGUUAAUCAUCUGGGUUCAAGUGCGGUUUCUUUCGUAUUUACGAUCAUUGGGCUUGAGCUUGAUAUCCAAGGACUGCAAAAAUACACUGAUUAUCAGAUCAGCGUCUGUGGUGAAAAUACAGUCGGGGACGGACCCUAUAGCGUUCCAGUGAUAAUUUCAACUGAUAUGGAUGGUAUGUAUUGUGCCUGGAUAAAGUUUUUAAAUACAGACAUUGAACCAUUUGUGUUUUGGUAUAAUUCCAAGAAAAAAUUUCAUUGUUGACUUUACUGGUUGGGAAAAAAUCAGGACAAAACGUACAUUUUUCUGGUGCAAAUUGACUUGGAUUUUAGUAUGUGUACUGUAUAAAAACUCUUUAUGAAAUCGUAGCAUUAAGCUUGCUGUCAAUUUGGCUCGUCAUUAAAACAGUUUUCACUAAAUAGUUGGUAUCAAACUCGUGCUGCUUUCGAAAUCGACGUCCAGCUGAUUUCUGUUUCCGUUAUUUGUACAAUUCAGAGCCUUUAGUUACAUAUGAGGGUUAAGUUUGUUGUUGGUUCUCUCCUUUGCUCCGAGAGGUUUUUCGCCGGGUUCUCCGGUUUUCCCCUCUCCUCAAAAACCACCAUUUCCAAAUUCCAAUUCGACUAGGAAUCAGGUAGUCGAAGAACCACUUUGUGGAUGUGGUACCUCCAAAUCACUAUUUACUUAUUUAUUUAUUAUUGCAUUGUUUAAUGAUCCCGCAAAAGCUCAUUCCCAGGAUUCUCUCCUCUUUGUCCUCCGGAGUACGGACGAGUAGAAGAAAGUCCUGGGUAUGAGGUUGAAUCCUGUACAGCUCAACAAUUGUGUGUUUCGUUUCUCAAGUUCCCAGUGCAGCACCAACUGAACUUAUGGUGACUAGAAUCAACUCCUCGAGUAACAUCAGGCUAAACUGGACUUCAAUUCCUUCCGAGUAUAUAAACGCUCCGGCGUUGCUUGGUUACAUUGUUGAAUACCAAGAAGUAGGGGCUUUGGCUCUUCAAACAAACAAGACAAGUGAUACGUGGCUUGAGCUGACAUUACCAAAAAAUGACACCCAGUACUUAUUUACUGUCAGUGGCUAUAACGAGAGGGGAAAGGGCCCAAACGUUUCAUUGGCUUAUUGGCUGUUAUCAGUGGAUACUCCUACCAUUUGGAGUGACAGUGGGCUUCCUACCAGGGGCAUUGCAAGUUCUGUUAAUAUUUCACCUUCCCGCAGCAGCUCUGUCGCCUCUUCAGUCACAUCAUGUACGUUGAUAGCUUGUACAGUGCAAUGUUAA